AGAAAAUCUGGCCACCAUGGACUCCUCGCUGGAAUCGCCAGCAGCCCUCUAUGGUGCGCUAUUCAAUCAUCUGGCGAUGCCAGCCAAACUCCCGCAGCAGCGAGACCCCGAGAAUCAAAUCCAUCUUAUCGAGUCUGAUCUCGUUAUGGGCGAAUUACCUGGCAACGCAGACCAGUGCCGCGAUGUCUGGGAUGCAACUCGCAAAACCCUCCUUACUUGCCAGCAUCUCAACACAGCCGGACAUACCGACAAAGCUAACCUCUCCAAAGAAUUACACGACCUGGGUCCGUCUGGCUGUAUCGUUCUAUACAUUGAGAAACAGAAUGCUGGCCUCAUCAUUCGCCGAGCACAAGAUCCCAUAUUCAGUGAUAGUGUCGUCUUCGAAGCCUUCGAAGCAUCUGCCAAGAAUGAGAAUGUCUUGGCCACCAAGAGCGCUCUACUACGGGAUUUCCCCGGCAUUGCGGUCGCCAUUCCUUUCACAAUCUUCGCCGAUCAUCACUUCCAAUCCAGUUUAGCCACCUUCAUUGAGCAGCCGUCGUUAGAAAUCGUCAAAGAUUUCGCUGCUCACGCCUUCAAGGCCGGUACCAAUAUCUUUGAGUACCGCAACAUAGGUGACUCUUCCAUUAUCACCUCCUUCCUCAUGGCAAUCCUCGAAGAAAACGGCCAACGGAUUGCCCCAGUCCUUCUCAGGAAGCGUGUUCACGACGACUUCUGCUGGGAUCCCACCACGGAGAAUAUCCACUUUCUGAAAAAGAAAGUCUGCCGCCGACUCGUCAAGAUCGAUCUGGAUAGAAGUCGCUCCCAGGAUCGUGCCGCCAUCUCGAUAUACGACUUUCUCUUCAAUCGGCUCAAUCCUACCUUCACCACAACCAUCGACAAGUGUUCUCACUUUUUCCAUCGCGCGAUUACUCAGAAGAGGAUGAGCUUAACUAAACAAAUCCUCCCGCUUCCACGCAAAGCACCUUUCUCAAACAUGAAACUUGGCCUCAGGGUCAGCUAUGACUACGUUAAAAAAACAGCCAAAGACCAUCUCAGCCACUACGCUCGGGGCUAUCAUAAGCUGAUCAACACCGAGACCAAGCUUCUCGCAUCAACCGAAGAUUCCUGUUUAAAAAUUUCUCAGCAAAUCUUUAACUACACGAACAUAGCGAUUCCUCUGUACAAAGGCAACGCGGUACAAAAAAGCCAGAUGCUUUUGACAGUCAUGGAGUUGUGGAUAAAGAUGGAUUUGAUCGCUUGUGCUUCAUUUCCCCUAAUGACGGAAUUCCACCCACUGUUCCACCCGCAAAUGCUCGACAUAGCUCGCGUCAAAAAGGCCAGUGCUAGCCGCCGCAACAUUUUUGAGGACCCUUCGCCAGGUUGUUUUGCUGAGCGUUUGCACGGAACCAUCAUAAAGCUAGCCGACGAUAUGCGCGAUCACAAAGCAUGGAAGUGGAUGAGCAAGAGCAAGGAAUACCACGACUUGAUCAGCCGCAUCGACGCCAGCGCCUGCACAUACAUCUUCGAGUACAAGCCUCUGGGCCGGGGGUACCAUGACCGUGACUGUUCGAGAUGGUCCAUGAUGGAAAGGGCCCAAAGUAUGCGCAUCAACAUCUUUGAAGGUCCUCUCCCUAGGGACCCAGUCGUUGCACGAGCGGUGAUUUUCGAAUUAGCUUGCCCAAAGGAGUUUGCGGCAUAUCGAGACACCACAUGGUGGCUUCUUCGACAGCUCGCGACUCACUUCGACGACAAGGCCGUUCUGCCUCGGUAUUUCCUGAGAGAUUAUCUCCAGCUGAAGUCUUUCUGGAGACCGGGUCAUCAUAAGCUUGGACUAGCCUCCACUACGAAGCCUUUUCCCUUCCCGCCCGGCCGUCUGGGAUCCCAACCUUUGUUUGAUCUCCACGUGGCUUUGAUCUUGCCAAAGAACUCAUCGUGGAGGACGCUCAUGGAUACGAAAGCGUACUCGCUAAGCGGCCCAGGUCCAUCCUCCUACGGUGUCGUGGCUAGCCAGUCAAGCUGCCUUCCGGGGAUCAAUAAUCACGAGUAUCUUGCCAUGCAAACGCUCAUGACCGGGAAAAUCCAACGCUGGAUUGUACUGCUCACGGAGCUAGCUUCCACAAACCUGAAUUUCUCAAGCGAAGUAACGAUGCUUCUGGUGACCCAUCUUGUUCUUCAAAGCGGCCCGCAAGACAACUCCGGUGACAUUCUCCGAGCCACGCAUCAUACCUUUCGAAACGAAUCGUUCUGCAACAGGCUUUUCGAGCAGAUUCAGAUAAGAUUGGAAAGCCUCCGCCCAAAAGGAUCGUCGACCAUGAUUCGAGCCCACCAAAUCUGCCUGCGAUGGGUUGAAAUGCUUCGGUGGGAGACAUUACGAACAACCGAUACGGAAACAGCUCGUAGUUGUCAACAGUACGCUCUUUGGGCAGCGAUUCUUUGCAAGCGCACAUACAUCAUCCACGUAAACCAGCUUACAAAUCUUGAUCCCCUGUCGUUGAGAACAUACAUCGAGUGUUGUAUCACUAUUCAGGAUAAUUUGGUUGUUGAGGUUGGGCCACUGCCUCAAGUUCUUCAGCACGCUGUGGUUUCGGAUAUGAAGCUCUCAUACCGUCUAUCACCACUCGUAUGCAAGUCUAUUGCAUCUUCACCUGACGUCUUCAGAACCGCAAUCAUUACUGUGUGGCCUGAGGCCGAUGGUUUUCCUCGUACGAUCUCGUCCCUUCAGGUUGGGUCAGAAUGGGUGAUCUGCGGGAUUCAAGGCCAUGAUGGUUGGGAAGAGUGCAUGCAGACGGUUCAGUACAAUACUUGCACGGGAUUGCUUCUUGUCGACAACCAUCCCCUUGGAAGACUUCCUAAGCCGCCCGAACAUACAGAAGUCCUCACAGAACUUUUUGGGGAGCAGGCGUUGCUUACUCGUCCUUCGGAUAUGCUUGGAAUGAACUACAGUGAGCCCUGUUCUCAAGAGACUGUGAAAUUGGUUUAGUUGGCUGGAUUACUAGCACUGACUGUCAAGCAUCGUGGACACCGCAUCGAUUUUGGUUAUGACGGUAGUUCUAUAGUCAUCCGGGCAACUAAAGGACAGCAGUACCUCCAAUUGAUACAGAGAGACAAAUGCAAAUUGCGAGACUUGUGUGAUCUGCCCGGCCCUCUUCUGAAUGAUUACGUUCACUGGCU